AUGACUGACAUGCACAAGUGCCAGGUGUUACGCAGCUUCGCGUCGCCGGGGCGGGUCCACGGCUCGCCGGCGGUACUGCCCACGCCACGCCGGCGCGCCGCUACACCGGGCCAGGUCGCUACGCCCACCGCCUGGUCGCCGUGUAGCCGCUGCAACAGCCUGCCCGCUCCAGCAGAGCCGCGCUCAGUGCUUCGCCUCGCUCCAACCGGCAGCGACCGCCGCUGCCCGCGCGCACCAGGUACUCGCGUGUCCGUGGCGAAGCUCCGCGUCCGCUCCCGUGACCGCGCGCGCGUGCUGCUCUUUCGUGUGCUUUCAGGUGUGACCCAUCAGCCGCAGACUACGAUUCCAGGCUCCAAUCCGGAAGUGCUGGCCUUGAGACUGCUCCAACGGCCGAGGAGAGGAGCGUGGCGGCGGGAUGAGCUGGGACCCGCCAUGCCGCCCCUCGGCCCGCUGCUGUCACCGCUGCUGCUGGUGCUGGCACUGUGCGCGCCGCGCGUGACGUCAGCGUCCGCCGGCUGCGGCGACGCCGAGGUGUCGGUGCGGCGGGUGGUCGCCGUCGCCGAAAGCCAUCGCGACGCCGAAGUCGCCGUCCCGGCGCCCGGGGACCGGCUGCGCGUCGCGCUCGGCCGCGCCCCAGAGGCCCUGGCAGCAUUCCCUUCCGCAGGCAGAGCGCCAUUGCAGGUGAGGCUGGAUGGGUCCUGCGGCAGCCCCCUGCGACUGCACGACACGCGACUCUUUCUGCUCCAGCCGGAAAGGAGGCGCAGUGCCACUGGAGAUGACUGGAGCUGGAGGCUGUCCGUGCCGCUGCCCAUGACUCUGAGGAACAUCCUGGUGGCAAGGGUCGCCGAACAAGAGUUCGGUUUAGACACUGGCUGA